CUCUACAUAGUCCAUGACAGCAGACCUGUAUGGAAGCCACUGAGGAUCAUCUCACUAUGAUGGAGGAUAAGCAGGUCCAAGCUUCGGAAAACGGUCAUCUUAAGAAGCCGCAGGUGGUAAGCGAGGCUGACUUGGACCAAAUUGCCCCUAGAACAAAGAUUUUAAAACCAUCGCUCUGGACGAGGUGCAAGAACCAGAUAAGAUGCUCCCAAAAUACAGCCAUAUGCUUGCUGCUGAAAUAUGUUCCUGUCCUGCGAUGGCUGCCGCGGUACCCUGCCCGGGAGUGGAUGCUGGGAGAUGCCAUCUCUGGGAUUAGUGUUGGCAUAGUUCAGCUGCCUCAAGGACUGGCAUAUGCUCUCUUGGCUGGCCUACCGCCUGUCUUUGGGCUCUACACCUCAUUUUAUCCUGUGCUUAUGUAUUUUCUUCUGGGGACCUCAAGACACAUAUCUGUAGGAACAUUCGCUGUGGUCUGUGUCAUGAUUGGCAGUGUCACGGAAUCCCUGGCGCCCAACGAGAACUUUAUGGCAGGAGAAAAUGCAACAUUUAUCGACACGGUAGCCAGAGACGCGAUGAGAGUGGAGCUGGCCAUGGCGCUGGCAUUCCUUGCAGGACUGUUUCAGAUCGCUCUUGGCCUGAUCCAGUUUGGAUGUGUCGUGACAUAUCUCUCUGACCCGUUGAUAAGCGGAUACACCACAGCGUCGGCAGUCCACGUGCUGGUGUCACAGCUCAAAUACCUCUUUGGGAUUAGAAUGACCCAGAAAACGGAGCCACUGUCAUUAAUAUAUACUGUAGUAAAUCUGUUGUCAAGAAUCACCCACACAAACAUCGGCACGUUGGUCACCAGCGUUGUCUCCACUGUGGUCCUCAUUCUGAUGAAAUUUUUUAAUGAGAAAUUUGCUUCCAAGCUUCUAAUCCCAGUUCCGAUUGAAUUGAUCCUGCUCAUUGUCUCUACCGGCAUCUCCUACGGUGUUGGACUGUAUGACAAGUAUGGAAUAGAAAAUGUUGGCCACAUCCCUGUUGGCCUAAAGGUUCCUAUGUUACCUGACUUCAGCCUGUUCAGAGACAUCAUUGGGAACUCAUUCGCUAUCGCCGUGGUGGGAUAUGCCAUUACUAUUUCAUUGGGAAAAGUGUUUGCCUCUAAGCAUGGCUACCAGGUGGACAGCAACCAGGAGCUGAUCGCUAUUGGCGUCAGUAAUUUUGUUGGGAGCUUCUUCCAGUGUUUUCCCAUCAGUGCCUCUGUGUCCCGGUCCGUGCUUCAAGAAAGUACUGGAGGAAACAGCCAGAUAGCCAGCGCUAUCGCAUCAUUUGUUAUGUUUGUGAUCAUCCUCCGGGCUGGGGAGCUCUUCCAGGACUUACCAAAGGCCAUCUUAGCGGCAAUCAUUAUAGUGAACUUGAAGGGGAUGUUUAAACAGUUCUCAGAGGUUGGUGUCCUGUGGCGAACCAAUAAAAUCGAUCUGACUAUCUGGUGGGUGACCUUUGCUGCAACAAUUUUGCUAAACAUGGACAUCGGUCUGGCAGUUUCUGUGGCAUUUUCUUUACUGACUGUUAUAUUUCGAACACAGAUGUCCAAUUACUCCAUCCUCGGACAAGUUUAUGAUACCGGGGUCUACAGAGAUGUGUCCAGAUGUCAGCAGGCCAAAGAGCUGCCGGGAAUUAAGAUCUUCCACUCUUCAUCGACAGUCUUCUACGCCAACGCUGAGCAGUACACCCAGGCUCUGUAUCAGAAGUGCGGUCUUGAUGUUGACAGACUUAUUGAAAAGAAGAGGAAAGCCUUAAAGAAACUGAAGAAGAGAGAAAAGAAAGCCAUUAAAAAAGCGAAGAAGGAAAAUGAACUCAGCAAAAAGGUCUCGGGACAUGACAAUAUGGCUUUUGAUCGCCUCGAACUUGGAAAACUUGAAUAUGAAAUUGAAGAGAAUAAAGAGCACGAUAUGACCGAGGGGUCCAUUAUCGUUGUACCCGGCCAGGCAUCCAGCCAUGACCCCGGAGGGAGAAGUCUGCUGCAGUCUCUGGGUUUGGACAAACCGAAUUUCCACUCAUUGAUAUUGGACUUUUCUGCUGUGAAUUUCGUAGAUACCGUCUGUGUGAAAGUCUUAAGAAAUAUUUUAAAUAAUUUUGCUGAAAUAGAAGUGGACGUGUACCUUGCGGGUUGCAAUGUGACAGUGAUUACCGGUCUGGAGGAAGGGAACCUGUUCAAUGAAACAAUUACCAAAUCCCAGGUGUUUCCAUCAAUCCACGACGCAGUUACUUUUCUGACAAUGGAUCACGACCACAUCUCCAUCCGUGGUGUCAAUGUGACUGACGGCGCAUCUAACGUUGAGGUGUCUGUAGUGUUAUUUACUGCUGAGCUUUAUUCAUAG